CAACCUUUAUCCACACAACUAGAUUGUUAUUGUUGCUGUUGUAUUCAGAAGAAGUUCAAUUCAAUUCAUUGUGGGCAAAUAACACAAAAAUUGCAAAUGCAAAACAUUGGACACACUGGCUUGAUUGCACUUGACUUGGUGCUUGAAAUUGAAGUGAACAAAAACAGAGUGAAUUCUGGAAAUAUAAAAACUUCAUUUGAAGAAUAUGACUCCUGAACAUAUUGAAUCAGUGGUAGAUGCCACCAGUGAAGGCGAAACAUUUAACACAACUGUUCAACACAGUCGUGUAGAAUCAGAUGAUUUUGUGCCAGUUCUGUACAAACGUAGAUGGUUUGUUCUUGGUGGAUAUUGUCUGCUGAGUAUAUCUAGUCUUUCUGUUUGGUUUGCAUUUUCGUCGAUAAGUAACAUAACUAGAAAGUACUACAACAUUGACAUGCUUCAAGUCUCUUGGAUAGCCUCUGUAUUUUCGAUCAUACCUAUUGUAUUCAUGUUUCCAUCGAAUUACUUCUUGAAAAAGAAGGGUCUUGGUUUGACCAUCAUCCUGGCUGGUUUCUUGAACGCUUUUGGUAGCUGCAUUCGAUACAUCGGCGUGUCUUCAUCUUCGUAUGGCUAUCUUUUUUUGCUAGUCGGGAGUGUUUUCUGUGCAGUUUCCAUCUCUGCAUUUUUAUUUCUACCUGCAAAGAUAGCUGCUUUGUGGUUUGGGGAAAAGGAAAGAGCAACAGCAGUGUCAAUAGCGAUUUCAGCUGAUUCAGUAGGUUUGGCUCUGGGCUACUUUAUGCCAACAGCUAUGGUUAAAAACAGAUCUAACAUAUCAGAAAUUGGCGAUGAUCUUGCAAACUACUUGCUGGCUGUUGCAAUUUUAGCCACCUUGAGUUUUAUUUAUGUCACAAUCACUGUCAGAGACAAACCAAAAACAGCUCCAAGUUUCAGUGAAGCACAAAAGGAUGUACCAGCAAAGGAUGUUUUAGAAAUUAUAGAAGAAAACAAUCAUGCAGAGGAAUUGAUCAGUGGCAAUGAGCCUUUACCUCUCACGGAAAUACCUAGCAAUGCCCCAAUUAUUGUACAUCAAACUGAUAAUGAAUCUGUAUUCAAAAGACUUUUAAAGAACAUACACUUCCAAAAAAUUCUGCACUUGCAUGGUAUCAUAUUUGGCUUAGAAUCAGUUUAUCUCAUUGCUUUAAAUGAAAUGUUAAUUCCUCAAUUUCCAGGUCAUGAGUUUGAAGUUGGACUAAUGGGUGCUGUUAGUCUGUUGCUCAGUGUACCAAGCACUUAUGUCAUUGGGUUAUUAAUUGACAAAACAAGAGCAUACAAGAAGAUAACUAUAGGAACAACUUGUUUACUUACUAUCUUGACUUCCGUUCUUACUACUUUCUUCUAUCUUAGGUUAUCAUUUUACAGUUUAUUCUGUACUUACAUGAUGAUAGUGAUUGUCUUUGCUACAUAUUACACAACAGCCUUUGACCAUACUGCUGAACUUACAUAUCCUGUUUCUGAGGCACAUUCGGGAGUAGUUUUACUAUGGUUUGCCCAGCUUUACAGCUUGGUUUUUGGCCGGACUGCCAGUUACAUCCUAGUUCAUUCAGGUGCUAAUGUUUUAAUGAUUUUCAUUUUAAUCCUUAAUUCAUUCACAUUUGUUAUAUCUCUUUUUGUUAAAGAUAAAGGCCCAAGAGGUAUCUUAAAAGCUAUUGACAUUCAGGUUUAACAUCUCAACUAAUUGACAAAGAGGCUUUAUAAUUCCGAAUCAACAAAGAGAAAAAUUGAUCAUUGAAUCAUUGAAAGUUCUUCAGAAUAAAACUUGCUAAUACUUUAAUGCUGCCCAAUAAACUGCUUUGAAAUGCAUAAAUUAUCUCACAAAAUGUAUAAUGAAUAUGCUUUGGUGUAUAGAAAAAAAUAGUUCUAAGUUGCAACUGCACGUUUCACUUUUUAUGUGAUCAUCAGACAACUUUCAUCAGCAAACUGAGGCAAAAGAUGGCAAAAGUUUCAAUAAAAUUCUAUGUAGUGUUUGCCAAACAUUUUUAAAAAGUCUGAAAAGCAGCUCUGAGACCUUUACUGAUGUGUUCAUUUGUUUAAUGGUGGCUAUUAAAAUUAAAGCUUGGAUUGAAAUUUGAUGUUGACAUUUAAUGUCACAUUUUAGGUCUAUAUAUGUUCAGUAUGACUGAUUUGUUACUGAUUCCAACUGAGUUUUCUCAGUAUAAAUGAAAUACAUUUUAUAGAAAAUUGUGGUAUUGAAAUUCAUUAUGGUAGAAGAUUGACUAUUGUAAAACUCAUUCACUCAGUUGAAAAUGUUGUCAAUUAUUCUGUUGAGUUUUAUUCAAAUGUUAUCAAUUG